UUUUGUUUUUUCAACGCUGUUGAUGUAGUUUCAUCUGGGUCAUUCAUCAUGGAUAGUGUUAAUUCAUUUAAUUUGCCCAUACAUUAUUUUUACGGCUAAAGCACAAAUUCUAGUCAACAAUUGAACACUAAUUAUAAGGUGUUUAUUAAGAUUAACAAUAGCAUUACAUAUACCAUAACUUCAAUGAACGAAUGUUCGAUUUUUCUCAGUAUUUUUGUAUUUAUUGUGUACAUUAUAACAAUGUUAUGCUCGUUGUUUGGCAAUACAGUAGCAAUCUACAUAUUUUUACGCAAGCGUAAAAGUUCGGGCAAUCAUUGUCAUCCAACCAUACGACGACUGACCGGCACUGAAAGAAAUAUUACUUCGCAUCAUGAAGAGCAUCUGCAAAAUCAGACACAAUCAGAUCCUGAAAAUCACAACUUUCCUGAUGUAUUUGUCUCUUCAAAUAACCGUGAUUAUAACAGUUCAAUGAAAAAGCAUGUUGAUAAUUCAGUUGAAAAGGCACAGAAACGCUUACGUUUUACUAUACGUAACACAUAUCAGAAGCGUACAUUUAAUGUGAAUCCAUCAUUUGAUUAUUAUUUGGCGAGUUUAGCAAUAUCUGACUUUUUUAUGGGUGUUUUCUGCAUUCCAUUCACAUUCACACAAAUUUACUUACAUUACUGGCCUUUCCCUGAUUUGAUGUGUCCAAUAGUUGUCUACGUACAAUUAGUUAUGGUUACAGCAUCAUCCUUGACAAACACAGCUAUUAGUGUAAAUCGUUUAUUUGGUAUUGUUGGUUCACUUAAUACUGAUCACUGGCAUAGUAGACAUCAACAAUCAUUCACAAUUGGUAUAAUAAUAUGUAUAUGGACGAUUGCCUUCACUGGCAGUACUGUACAGUUAUUCGCCACGAGAACGGAUAUACAACAGCAAAAUCAAACUCAGUCUGUUGAUAUUAAGCUAUGCCAAGAGUCGUGGGAUGGUGAUGAGUACAAACGCUCCAUUUACACAAUUGUACUAUUUUUAGUAAUAUACGUGAUACCACUUGGAAUACAGAUCUCAACUUAUGGAUAUAUAGCUUUUAGACUAUGGAAUCGCAUAACACCUGGUGAACAAAUUAAAUGUGUAGAGGAUGUAAGACUUAAAGAGAAAAAGCGUGUAAGUUUGCUUUGUUGA